AGGAGCAGGUGGGGAGCGGGAGCCCGUUGCCCCCUCGAGAGUUAGAGGCUCGGCAGCCUCGCCCAGCCGCCUGGAUGUGCAAAGCGCCCGGCGACACGGCAGCCACGAGAUGUAGCUUGGCAGGGAAAGCAGCGGCGCGAGCAAACAGGUCCCCCCUGCCCCCCCACAUUUGUUCCUUGUGCCUGUCCCUGCCCGGUGGCUCUGGGGCGGGCUGCCCCCUCCCCGCCAGCGGCUGGGGUGUCUCCUCCGGACAAGGGACGCGGCCAGGCUUGAAGAAUGGCAUGCAAAGAUGGUUUCUGCCAAGGAGCUAGUGAUCGCGAUGUCCUCGGGUCUCUCCAUCACCCUCCUGCACUUCCUGUGCCUGGCGACCUGUGUCACCGAGCCUCCGGGACAGAUCAAAAAGGAGGAGAAAUUAUGGCCGGAGAAUUUUACAAGCAUCCUGAACAGUCUCCUGGAUGGUUAUGACAACAGGCUGCGUCCUGGAUUUGGGGGUCCUGUUACUGAAGUCAAAACAGAUAUAUAUGUCACCAGUUUUGGACCUGUUUCCGAUGUAGAAAUGGAAUACACAAUGGAUGUCUUCUUUCGUCAGACAUGGGUGGACAAAAGAUUAAAAUAUGAUGGUCCCAUUGAAAUUUUAAGACUUAAUAACAUGAUGGUUUCGAAAGUGUGGACGCCUGACACUUUUUUCAGGAAUGGGAAAAAAUCCGUCUCGCAUAAUAUGACAGCCCCAAAUAAACUCUUUAGAAUAAUGAGAAAUGGCACCAUCUUAUACACAAUGAGGCUUACCAUAAGUGCAGAAUGUCCCAUGAGAUUAGUGGAUUUUCCAAUGGAUGGUCAUGCUUGUCCUCUCAAAUUUGGAAGUUAUGCAUAUCCAAAGAGUGAAAUGAUUUACACCUGGACAAAAGGACCUGAACAAUCCGUGGAAGUUCCUGAAGAGUCUUCCAGUUUAGUUCAGUAUGACCUGCUUGGGCAUACUGUGUCCACUGAAACUGUUAAAUCUAUUACAGGUGAAUAUGUUGUUAUGACAGUUUAUUUCCACCUCAGACGGAAAAUGGGUUAUUUUAUGAUUCAGACAUAUAUCCCAUGCAUUAUGACUGUGAUCCUCUCGCAAGUGUCAUUUUGGAUAAAUAAGGAAUCUGUUCCAGCUAGAACCGUAUUUGGAAUAACGACAGUUUUGACAAUGACAACGUUGAGCAUCAGUGCAAGGCAUUCAUUGCCAAAAGUAUCCUAUGCCACUGCCAUGGACUGGUUCAUAGCUGUCUGCUUUGCCUUUGUGUUCUCUGCUCUUAUUGAGUUUGCUGCUGUCAACUAUUUUACUAACGUUCAAAUGGAGAAGGCCAAAAGGAAGACAGUGAAAUCCCUCCUUGAAUUUCCAGUCAUGCCAGUGAAGCGAGAACAGUGCACAGAAGAGACACUCAUGGUUUUGCAAAGAGCAGCUAUGAAAAGGAAACUGACACUCUACAAGAUGCAGUUGGGUCUUCUCGUUUUGUUGGUGGGGGUGCCAACAAGAUCAGUGCUGGCUGACUCCCUAGAAGAUGAAGCUAAGAAUAACAUCACCAUCUUUACAAGAAUACUAGACCGACUUCUGGAUGGUUAUGAUAAUCGUCUUAGACCUGGAUUAGGAGACAGUAUAACGAAAGUCUUCACUAAUAUCUACGUAACCAGCUUUGGACCUGUUUCAGACACAGACAUGGAGUACACAAUAGAUGUUUUCUUCCGUCAAAAAUGGAAAGAUGAGAGGUUGAAGUUUAAAGGCCCAAUGAACAUCCUUCGACUGAACAACUUAAUGGCUAGCAAAAUCUGGACCCCAGACACAUUCUUUCACAAUGGGAAGAAGUCAGUUGCUCAUAACAUGACAAUGCCAAACAAACUACUACGAAUCCAGGAUGAUGGAACUCUCUUGUAUACCAUGAGGCUUACAGUCCAAGCCGAAUGUCCAAUGCACUUGGAAGACUUUCCUAUGGAUGCUCAUUCAUGCCCGUUGAAAUUUGGCAGCUAUGCUUAUACAACUUCAGAAGUGACCUACAUUUGGACUUACAAUGCAUCUGAUUCCGUACAGGUUGCACCGGAUGGCUCUAGAUUGAAUCAGUAUGAUUUGCUAGGCCAAACAGUUGGAAAGGAGACAGUUAAAUCGAGUACAGGUGAAUAUACAGUAAUGACAGCUCAUUUUCACUUAAAGAGAAAAAUUGGUUAUUUUGUGAUUCAGACUUACCUCCCCUGCAUCAUGACAGUCAUUCUCUCCCAAGUGUCGUUCUGGCUGAACAGAGAAUCUGUACCUGCAAGAACAGUCUUUGGAGUAACAACUGUGUUGACAAUGACAACAUUGAGCAUCAGUGCACGAAAUUCCCUCCCCAAAGUAGCAUAUGCAACAGCCAUGGAUUGGUUUAUUGCUGUUUGUUAUGCAUUUGUAUUCUCUGCAUUGAUAGAAUUUGCCACUGUAAAUUACUUCACAAAACGAGGAUGGGCAUGGGAUGGAAAAAGCGUAGUCAAUGAUAAGAAAAAAGAAAAAGCAUCUGUCAUUAAGAAAAACAAUGCCUAUGCAGUGGCUGUUGCCAAUUAUGCUCCAAACAUUACCAAGGACUCAGUGCUACCAACAAUCUCCAAGAGUGCUACCACCACAGAACCCAACAAGGCAAAGCCAGAAGCCAAGCCGCAAGAAGCAAAGAAAACAUUCAACAGUGUUAGCAAAAUUGACAGAAUGUCUAGAAUAGUGUUUCCAGUCUUAUUUGGUACUUUUAACUUAGUGUACUGGGCUACAUAUUUAAACAGGGAACCUGUCUUACUUGGGUUUGCUCCCUCAACUUAAAAGCUAAAUUACACUGGAGAUGUAUAAAAUCAUUAUAUCAGAUAGGUUGUUUUGCUAUGUACAGUACGACUAAUAACUGCUAAUCUGUGAACCAAUAUGUACAGAGUGUAUAUAGUUAACUUAUCCGUGUAUCUCCAAAGGAGGCACACAAUGUUUAUUUAUGGAUCUGUAAACAGAUAGCACCCAUGGCUAAUACAGCCAGCUCUUUAGAACUUCUACCCAGGGGAUUUCCUUAAAACUGGGAUUCAAAUACACAGAAUUAUAUCUUCUCCAUACAAUUAGAGGAAAAUAUAGUCCCGCGUAACUAUUUAGGAACAGUAUUUUUUUAAUUUAAAGUUAAAAUAUUUUUCUAUAAAAUAACUAAUUCUACUUUAAUGGGAAAAGCGGUCAUUAAAAAUUAUUUUUAAAAAAAACUUAUUUCAUACAAUGGAAGUGCCCAUGUACAUAUUAUAGAAUGAUGAGCUCAAACUAUUCUGUUGUUCACAAACAUUUUGGAAAGUAGUUAUGUUUAAAACUUAAUAAAGACUAUUGGAAUGCCAAGGCCAUUAGUUCCUUACUUCUAGACCUCCUUUGAACUUGUUAAUGAAGUAUUCCAACUCAUUUAAGUGAGCAGUGGCGGUUAAUCAAAUUUCUAGCAUCAAUCAACUUCCACUAGAAAAACUGUUUUUUUCUCCUCCGUGCUUGUUUCUCUGAGGUUGCUGAACCAAGUUCUCUUAUUCAGCAAGGUCAGAAAAGGUUUUUUUAAAAUUAGAUUGUUAGGCUCAUAAAUAUUGGUAAUUGACACUCAGAAAUUUUUCAGGGUCAAGUAUAUCACAAAUAUAAAAUGCUCUUUUUCCUGCCUAGUAUGUACAGGAAAAUCUGCCUUAAAAAGGCUUCCUCACAUCUGCCCACAGAAGCCACGGUUUUCAAAGGAAACAGCAGUUUGUGAUUGCGAUCCAGGAAGUUGUCCUCAUGGAUAAGAUUUAUUACUGCUUUUGUAAAUUACAACUUUACAUUUCAAUGACAUAACUUAACAACUUUGUAUACUAGAAAGGGUUUUGCUAAGAUGUGAAUGUUAUUUUUAAUAAACUUCAGUGCAUCAUCUGUAAUUGUCAGUUAUUUCAUAUGCAAAAUAUAACAAAAUUGGAGCUGCCAUCUGCAAUUUUAUAUGAAUAUUUAAUGUUAGUAAAAUUAAUUUUCAUCUGAACCUUUGCAAAUAUUCCUUAUGCCCUGAAAGCCUGGUAAAUUAAGGCAUAACUAAUAAUUGUGCACUGUAUUUAGAUUUUAAUGUACUUGGCCAAUCAAAAAUAUUUUGAUUCACAUAUACAUUAGCAGUUAUUAGUUGACUUUUUAAAAUAGAUGCACCUUUAUGAUGGUGUGUUUACAGUAGAAACAUAUGUCAUCGUAUAGUGUCACUUAUUGCAGUUUUGUACAGUGCUUCAGUAUAGUGCAUAAAAUAAGUAUGUUCAAAGUUUGACAAACUUGUACAAAUAUUUCUAAAAUGAAUAAAUGAAUUAUCUUAAGACAUGGAAACUAGUAAAAACAAAGAAGAAGAAUCGAACAUUGCUUUUUUUGCUGUUUAAUUUUCUUGUCUUUUCUUUGUUUUUAGUGUGAUUUCUUAUUUUGUGCUUUGCAUGACAGUAUAGAUGCCAAGGUCACAAAUGCAUUUUAGUAGUAGACUUUACAAUGAAGACAGACUUGACUUUAGUCAAACAAGAUAUUCCAUACGAUAUCAGUAAAAUAGAAGGGAGAACCACUGGUGAAAUGUGAAUUCCCUUCGUCCUCUCUAAUAAAUCCAUCUUAAUUCAUCAACGGUAGUUGAAAAACAAGCACUUUACUCAAAAUAUUAAAAUAGAAAUACCCUUAUUUUCAUAUAUAUAUAUAUAUAUAUAUAUAUAUAUAUAUAUAUAAAUGUAGAUCUUCCAUGUAAUACAGAAAUGUGUGCAAUAGGAUGAUAAAGUGUGUAAGGUCUGAAGGCAAGCAAUAAAAAGUUUUUUUUCAUGGUAUAAUUAUACAUUUUAAAAAUGUUUAUUUGUAAACUAUAAAAGAUCCCUUUAAUGUCAUAGUGUCCAGGUAUAAUAUAUAUACAUAUGUAGAAUAUUUGUAAAUAUUGAUCUUGUAGAAAAAUCCUUUCAUGUUUCUCUCUGUUUCUGGCAAAGGGCUCUUACUAUGUGGUAUAGUGGAGGCCCAAGCUUAUCUGCUGUCAGACUCUGAGUAGGUUGAUUACUGGUUUUGUGUACCUUUGGGCACCAUCCUGCAACCUGAUGGGAGCUCUCAACUCCCACUAUCUUCAACAGGAGUUGAGGACUCUCAGCACCUCACAGGUUUGGGCUUAUUCUACCCCAGUUACAUCCCAGAUAGCUCAACAAAGUUAGGUUUGCUGUCUCAAAUAGUGGGAAGUCAGAACUCUGCCCUCUAGAUACAUGAGCAGUGCUUAAUUUGUGCCAGGGCUGAGCCCCAGCCCAGCACAUCUGGGCUUGCUGCAUCAGUCAUGAACGUACAAAAAAUGACUUGAGCCAUGGAACCUAAUUGCUAGAUUUCUGGCACUUCUUUCAUUACAAAUUAAGCACUGUAUAUGAGUGUGUCCAGAGGUGCAUUUAAUUAUGUGAUGGGAGAGAGCUGUGUAUCCUUGUUUGUUUGUAUUUUUAAAGGAACGCACACAGAGGUAUCCGACUUACAGAAUUCAAGCAAGUCCUGUCAUUGCUUCAGAAAAUUAAUGUGCUUAAUUUAUAACUGCACUGGGCCUGCUGUAAAUUGUGCACCCUCAAUUUUACAGAGGGCCUGCUUCUGUUCCCACCUAAAUCAGUAGGAGUGUGGGGAGCAGGGUCAGAAAUAAUGUGUUAGGAGCAACUAUUUAAUUCACUGAACAGUCCCUAUGGACUUGUGCAACACUUAGAGUAAAUCACGUAACCACCAGACUUUUAGCACAUACUUUAGACAUAGAAAAAAUAAAACCAUAUUUGUGGACAUAGAUUGCAUUUAAAUGCUUUCAGAGAGCUACAUGCAACUCCUGGUGAAGUCGGUGGGAUUUGCAAAAGCAUAUCUAAAAGCAGAGUUUCAGCUCAAAGUCUUGUGCAGUUGGUCUAGAUUUAACGUUGCCUUAUUUUGUUUAUUGCAUUUUAAGCAAUUUGUCAGUUGUCAUGAUUCCAAUGUUAAAUCAUUUAUGAUGAUGAAAAUGACUAAAAAUAAAACUGAUGAGCUCUUAAGAGUGACAGCUGUAUAGCUGAAUGCGAAGAUUGAAGUGAACACAAGACCUUAACAUAAAUUUUGAAAUGCCAGCCGUAGGGGUUUUUUUAGUUACUUCAGUCUGCCGCCAAGAUUUUUCAAACCUGGUACCAAAAAGUUAGGCUCCUAAAUUCAUACUUAGGCACUUUUAUAGAUGC